CCUAACAUCACUCGUGGGCAGGGAAAGGGUUACUUUUUUGUAAAAUGGAAUUUUUAAGGGGGAAAAAGCUCACACACAGCUCUGCUGGCGCGGUUGUUUGGUGCAGGUUGACGUUAUCAGUAAAUUAGGACAUGGCUUGCAGCUCGAUGACCAGCUUGAGAGGAGGGAGAGCCUGAACGGUGUUGCCUAAAUGAGAUAAAAAAAAGCGCGUGGUUGGCGCUGGUUUCCGUUUGCUCCAGAUAGGCGUCUUAUCCUUAGCAGUGUGAAUAUCCGCGCAGAACGACGAGGCCAGCUCACACUGCCCGGCUACACCGCGAAAUGGUCACGUCUAUUCUGGGGCUCCUUAUCCUACCAAUAUGUCUUCAGCAGUGUGGUUUUGUACACGGUAAGUAGCCUAAUUUUAGAUUGCAAAACGUUUUGUGGUUAUUAAUCGUGGUGUAUCUCAAUGUGACCGUACAACACCGGGUUGGUUAUGCCCAUUACACCUGCCUAUGCUUUAUUUACACAGGAAUGACAGCGGCAAUUAUAAUACUCAAUCUUGCUUUCGUUCUAUGAAUAUGGCCCAAGACGUACACACGGGCAGACGGGUUUUCAUAGUGCCCUCAGCGUAUUGUUUUAUUCCAACAUUUGCAGUUUCCAAUAAAAUGCCAAGGUUUGAUUGAAAAACUCUUAAUAAUUGCUUUCAGUCUGGAGGAGUCGGUCAUUUAAAUGCGGUCAGGCAAAAGGCCUUUGCCUGUGUUUAUGUAGGCUACGCCGUCGUUAUACUUGGAAAAAUAUAGCAUAUUCUUUUAAAAAUGUUCAGUUUGGGUAAUUGGUUUGGUUACAAUGAACCUGAAAUUGAUAUAUUAAUGUAGGAACAUUGUUUAUUUGGACUCUUCUCUUUAACAUUCGCGCUCUGUAGGCUACAGAAUUUUCCACCGGUGAUAAUUUAUUUAUUUAUUCCUGAAGAUUGGGGCGAGCCUUCAAUGGAUUGAUAUGGUGUGUGUGAAACACUAGGCAGUGGGACAACGUAGCAACACCGCAUUCUCCACUAGGGGUGGGGGGUGUAAUUUAUAAAGAACAGAUGACGGUGAUUAUUUGCGGACUCCUGCUAGAUUGCGGUGCAUGGCAUUGACGAUUAAGCGCUAGUCUAUAUUAGCCUACCCUACCGGUAUGUAGGCCAUCUAUGAAGUGUGUUUAGAUUUGUCAUUGAGCAUGAAGGGAAAUGUUUUGCCACAGCGUGAAAAUGACAUUUGUUAGUGUCAGCUGAGGGGCUUUUGUUGUUGCAUCUCACAGAUUGUUUUACUUCGUGAAUUGAGUGUGACUGUACGCAAAUUUAGAUUCUCGUUGACCUAAUUAAAAUGGAGCUGUAUCCUAGGACCUAGGCUUUAUUCUCUAUUUUGGUUGUGAUACUGAGACCAAUAGUGCUCAAAGGCGCGUUGUCGUCACUGUAGGCUACCACAGGGGACGGGGACUACAGACGGCCAAAGUAAGUGGCGACUGGAAAUUAACUUAUUUUCAAUCAAAUUAGACAAUAGGCCUAAAUGAAAGAGAUGCACAUUUUUGAAAUGUCAAUUUUCUUACUCAAUUAAAAGUGGUCUAAAAUUAAAUAUAAAAGUAGCCUAGGCCUACCUACACCAGUUUUAAUGUUAAUGUUUGCGCUCUAGCUUUAAUUAUGAAACGGGUUAGUUGAGUAUUAACCAUACAUUUCACAAUAACAUUGGUCUAACACAAAUUACGUAUUUCAUGGAGUGUUUCUCAGACUCUCUGCUAUUAAUGAUUUGCACAAUUGCAAACACUUGAUGAGAAGUCUACAAUUCAUUUGAAACUGGUGAAGAAUGAGACCGAUGAUCAGCAAGAUGCCAAUUGGCGUCAGUAGGCCUACUUUUAAAAAACGAACCUAUAUACUUAUUAUGGACACAGCAUGCCCUACGUUAGUUAUCUGGCUGUUAUUCGUUUUUAGUUAUUAGUCCAAUCCUUCAGCUCCAUUCAACACCUCCCAUCUGUCUCUUAACACAUCCAUAUUGGAUUUAUAUUUGCCAUAUAUUUUUAAACUGUACUGUGAUGUUUCACAAAAGUUCUGAAACCUUCUAUUCUCAUUGUUUCUACAGAUUGUAAAUUGAAAAUAAACAUUUUUGCUAAAAGUAUUAUUAUGUUAUUGAUCGAUUGACUGACAUUUCAGAUCACCCAGUAGUGCUAUCUGCAGGGUAAAUAUUACAAUCCUUCAGCCAUUCUUGGACCUGUGACCAAAAAUAAGCCACAAAUGGACAGUACCAAAACAAAUGAUCUAAUGAUUCUGUCUCUUCGCAGCCAAAUCUGCAGAGCUGGGAAGAUGGAAUCCCCCAUAUAAAUUCAAAGUUUUGAAUCCGGCGUCGUUUUGCGUAUCAGUUCAUAAACACUAUGCCAUGGAAUCGGUACGUCAAAAAUGUCUCAACUUGAGGGAGGUCCUCUGUAGCUCAGCUGGUAGAGCACGGCGCUUGUAACGCCAAGGUAGUGGGUUCGAUCCCCGGGACCACCCAUACACAAAAAAAAAAAAAAAAAAUGUAUGCACGCAUGACUGUAAGUCGCUUUGGAUAAAAGCGUCUGCUAAAUGGCAUAUUAUUUAUAUUAUUAUUAUUAGGGAGCGUGCAAUUGGCAUGGUGACUGCAGGAAUGUCCACCAGAGCUGUUGCCAGAGAAUUGAAUGUUAAUUUCUCUACCAUAAGCAGUCUCCAAUGUUGUUUUAGAACAUUUGGCAGUGUCCAACUGGCCUCACAAUCGCAGACUGUGUGGGCAAGUGGUUUACUGAUGUUAACGUUGUGAACAGAGUGCCCCAGUGUGGCGGUGGGGUUAUGGUAUGGGCAGGCAUACAGACAACGAACACAUUGCAAAUUGCAUUUUAUCUAUGGCAAUUUGAACGCACAGCGAUACCGUGACGAGACCCUGAGGCCCAUUUUUUUUUAAAGGUAUCUGUGACCAACAGAUGCAUAUCUGUAUUCCCAGUCAUGUGAAAUCCAUAGAUUAGGGGCUUAUGAAUUUAUUUCAAAUGACUGAUUUCCUUAUAUGAACUGUAACUCAGUAAAAUCUUGUUGCGUUUAUAUUUUUGUUCAGUAUACCUCCAAGUUAUUGCCUACUAUCACCAUGAUAGUAAAAAAAAUAAUCAACAUUCAGUAAGCACAGACCCGCUGCCCCAGGCUCGCUGACACGUUCACUUUUCAGUGAAGCAACCGCAGCACAAAAUGUGGUACAAUAGCAGAGACUCAUCUGAUGAGUUUACUCCUGCUGUGAACUGUCCUUGCUCCAUAUAACAGAUGAGCAGUAGGACCUAUACAGUUGACUAAUAUUCACAUGAUUAAGCCUCCAUAGUGUGUGAUUAUGCAAGUCUCCAUUUGUUUUGGCUUGGGACAUCAUUUUGUUGAUGCCCUGCCACUCAGGACCAGCCUUAUUAUUCUGGUGGCGGUUUGGGGGUUAUGGGUUUAGCUGUAGUGUAAUCCACUCCAGUAGCACUGCUGCUGUGCACCAGUCCUUGCCUUCAGCCUUGAACUAUCAUUGGAAGGUUUGGGCAUGAGUGGCACUGAUUAAUGUAAUCUCUAUACUAUGUGUAGGCCUGAGUGUAUGUGGACCCAUAUCAGUCUCUUGUUUGGUAGUGCCCCUGAGACUUAUGCUAAUGUCCACACUGCAAGCGCUCUGCUUUAUAUAACCCUCUUGAUCAUUCUUUGGCAUUCUACCCUUCAAGAGCCUGAUCUGCUGGCUUGUUUAGAAAAUGGCUGUGUCUGAAAAUGGCACCCUAUUGCUUAUUUAGGGCACUACCUUUGACUAGCGCCUCUGUUCAAAAGAGGGUGCACUAUUUAGGGAAUAGGAUUCCAUUUCGGACACAUCCUAUGGCCACUGCCCAGGACAAUUACUACUCAGUCCCAGGCAGACUUUUGUGCUGGUGCUAUUGGCCUCCCAUCACACAGGUCUGUUAGCUCCCUGCUGCAGAAGUAUCCCAUGCUGAGCAAAUGAUCACUCAGGCACACUCUGAGGAGCAGGGGGUUAUUAGACAUGGUAUGGCUGUACUUUCUCCUCUCUGCACAGGCUCGUGGCUAGCUGGCAACAGCCACUCUGUCAUACAGGAGCCAUAUACCAUGUUUUACUGUAGCUGGCUGGUACCUACAGCACAUUGGGUCAUUGGUGAUGUCAAAUGAACUCCCUAUCAAUAUUAACCCAUAGACAGUCAUUUAGAAUUUCAGUCAUGGCUUAACCAUGUGUCCAUAUAGUAAUGGCUUAUUUUGUUUUCUGUGUCCUACAAACACAACGCAGGUCAGAGGACUUUCAAUUUAGUGACAAACAAGAUGGAACAUUGUAGUCCUUGAGGUCUGGAGCCGUGUACGCUAGUUCUACAUGAUGGUUUUGUUGUGUAAUCUUUAUUUCCUUGUUUCCUUGUUCCUUCCAGGAUCAAAGACAGAAUGUGAGCCCAGUCAGUUCCAGUGUGGGAACGGCCGCUGCAUCCCGUCUGUCUGGCAGUGUGACGGGGAUGAGGACUGCUCCGACGGGAGUGACGAGCACACCUGUGGUGAGACACACACAAACCGCAUUUCACACAAUUUCAUCAAAUCAGUGGCAUAGCCUACUGUGUUAGAAAACUUCCCUCGUUAUCUUGGCCCCAUUGGUGCUGUGACUGAGUCCACCAGGGUUAACAUGACCUGGUCUAAGUGGCAGCGGUUCUGGAGAGCUAAAAAUGGCAGUGACGGAGACGCACAAACGAGCCCCAUCUGGGCAAACUGAGUUUCUCCUUGAUUCUCUGUGAUAUCUGGGUCAUGGUGGAUGAGACUGCGAGUGAUUGAGGGAAAGAAGAGGUUGCCAUAGAAAGGGAUGUGUGGUGCGGUCUCUCAAUUAAAUCUGUGCUGACAUAACCGUCUCAGUGUUUGGGUUACUAUGGAUUACCUGCCCAUCUGUUUCCUUUGUCUCUCUCUGCCCUGGCUCCCUCUUUGGACUGUAUACAUUACCAACACAGCCGUGGUGACAUUAAUGUUGAUGUGACUUCCAUAAUAGUAAGAUGGGCCUCUGCCACUUAUUGCCAUUCUAAUCACAGGGAGGAAUGGCCUGUGAGGAGGCCCUUUAACACAGUGGACAUGAAGUGACUGAAAAUAGGGUGGGGUAAGUGGGAGGGUGAGUGGCUUGCCAUUGUAGAGGUCUGUUUGCCAAAUAAUAUUAUGCUCAGUGCAAUAGACCAUGGUUUCCCAAACUUGGUCCUUGGGCCCCCCAUGGUUCACGUUUUGGUUUUUGCCCUAGCACUACACGGCUGAUUCAAAUAACCAAUUAAUCAUCAAGCUUUGAUUAUUUGAAUCAGCUGUGUAGUGAUGGGGCACAAACCAAAACGUGCACCUGGGGGGUGGGGGGGGCCCAGACUGUGUUUGGAAAACCCUGCCGUGUUUGGAAAACCCUGCAAUAGACCACUAUACUAAAUAUACACUAUAGUGACUAGGAUUUAAAGGGCACAUUGUCAGUCCUUUAUAUUGGUUCAGUCUGGAUCUUCUGGCUCUUAUUUGUGGUACAUGGUUGGCAGGAAUCUAACUUGGGAGCUGAUUUUGGCCUCACACUGAAAGACGAAGAUGUUUCACUUACUGUUGGUUUUCCAUUCUGAAGCUAGCAUACUGUAUCUAACGCACUCGAUGCCUUUGCAGUUCGGAAGACCUGUGCGGAGGUGGACUUUGUCUGUCGCAAUGGCCAAUGCGUCCCCAAGAGAUGGCACUGCGACGGUGAGCCAGACUGCGAGGAUGGCUCUGACGAGAGCGUAGAAGUGUGCCGUAAGUCAUCUGGAACCAGCCAGUCCCAGAUUGGGGCUCCUUUUCCUUCAGAUCGUCAUAUUCAGUUUGUUAUAUUGAGAAUUGUAUGCCUGUCUAAAAGAAAUGUUUAAACUUUUUGCCUUCACUUGCAGUAUGAGGAAGAGCUGGGUUAAAUGGCCUCUUCCAUAAUAAAUGGAUCAGGUUGUCAAUCUCACUCGGAGGCAUUUAAUCACAGUUUCACCAUGUGCUUCCCACUGUCAGCCAAUGCAACAGCUGUGUCAGUUUGUGGAUAUGGCUUUGGAUCAAGAUUGGAUCAGGUUACUCUGGCUCUUUCCACAAUACUGCUUUAAGUGCAUGUCCUCCAUUCACCCUCUCACACUUCACAUAGUUCGACUUGCAUAGAGACACCAGGUGGCCACAUUAAGAACCUUAAUUUAAUGUUCCAAAUGGGAUUGUUCCCAAUGAUGUAGGCAGCAGCAAUGUAUUCCACUGAAGUACACAAUGAGCAGGGUGUCAGUCAUAUUUGGGGUGGUUCGUGUGUACGUGCAGGUCAAGACGUCAUAUCACUGGUUUGUUUGACCAGCUGUUGGAAAGCUGUCUGUCAGUACGCAUGGAAAUGUUUGUGUGAGAAUGUGAGUCACCACUCACCACACUUAAAUACACCAUACUAGAGGAACUCUUAAGUCUUCCGAAUUUUAUUUCGUUUUCUUAGAAGCAGUUGGCUAUUGAGCAAUUCCCUCCCAGAAGUGCAUUAGGUUAGAUGAGACGUUAAGAAUAUUUCCGACGCAGCAUGUCUGUCCUUUCAUCUGCCAUCAUACAUUACUCUGUCUGAGCCCAGUGUAUGUGAUGUUACAUUAGGAGCAGUAUGGGUUGGCUUCUCUGAUGUGGAUCUAAUGCUUCACAAGCUCUGCUGACUGAUACAGCCCAGCAUGCUUUCAUGUGCAUUCCUCAGAGAAAUUGAGUAUCAUUGAUUUGGUAGCAAGCACUCUUACCAGACCUUUCCAUGUCCAAGUUACGUAUUAAUCGUCUGUUGUGUUUCUCCUCUGCUUCAAUGGUAUGAUUAGUAGAUCAGUUCCUGAUGGAUUGAAAUCUGUGAUUUAAAGUAUUAAAUUCCUCCAGGUUUGAUCCCUAACCAUCAGGCAUUGUCAAUAGCCACUCUAGAUAGAGGCUUGUAAAUGUUUUCAAUGGGCUCGAAGACAUGCUCUGGACUCCAAUAGCCUAGUUAAGGAAGCAUUAGUAAUCAGAUCUAUAUAGUACAGACCCUGUAAAGAGUGAUGGAGUGUACACACUGAUCAUCAAUCUAAUCUUGUUGAACAUAUCGAGAUCAAUUGACAUGGGUAUCCAAAGCACUUGGGAAAGGACUAAAGGUCUAUAAAUUAACUCCCUCUCCAUCCACAUGCUCUGCAGACACCAGGACCUGCCGUGUGAAUGAGUUUAGCUGUGGGGCGGGGUCCACCCAAUGCAUCCCAGUCUUCUGGAAGUGUGAUGGAGAGAAGGACUGCGAUAACGGAGAGGAUGAAAUUAACUGUGGUGAGUUGAUUUUCCAUGUAGCCAUAGGAAGAGCGGUGUCCCUCACAAACCACUAGAUGUAUUUCCUUACUGUGUUUUGGAAUGAAUCCAAGCAACACGUUAAUUUAGGAGUACAUGGUUGUUGAUUCCUACAUUAGCAUCACAGUACUGAGUACUCCGUUCACUCACACAGGUAACAUCACGUGUGCCUCGCUGGAAUUUACCUGUGCAAGCGGCCGCUGCAUCUCUCGUAACUUUGUGUGUAACGGCGAGGACGACUGUGGUGACGGGAGUGACGAGCAGGAGUGUGCCCCGUCGUCCUGCGGCCCCAGCGAGUUUCAGUGUGGCAACGCCACCUGUAUCCCUGGCAGCUGGGUGUGCGACGAUGACGUGGAUUGCCAGGACCAAUCGGACGAAUCCCCUCAGCGCUGUGGUCGCCACCCCACGCCACCGGCUAAAUGUUCACCCAGCGAGAUGCAGUGUGGGUCUGGGGAGUGCAUCCACCGCAAGUGGCGUUGUGACGGGGACCCCGACUGCAAGGACGGCAGUGACGAAGCCAACUGUCGUAAGUGUGGAGAGACUUAAUCAGACCACCUGCAUGUUCCAGCAGGCCAGCCGAUGUACAUUGUUUUUGGUUACUUCUGUUUUUCUGCUGCACAUGUCAGAGAUUGCACUGGUUUCAUAUAGUCAUAAAUGGAGCCUUCUAUUGCAAUUAUACUAUAUUGCAAUAAAAGGAUCUGGUCGUAAAAUGCAUCCUUGUCUCUAUACUCAGUGUUCAUAGCAGCUGUCAAGAGUUUAUCUGUUUUUCAUGGUUAUGACUGUGGUGUAGGCAUUAUGAUAGUGCAAAUAGAGUAAUGAUGGUGGUUGGCGUAUAUGGGCUGAAAUGUGAGUGAGUAAGGGUUAAUGGUCUAACUAACAGUUCUGUGUGUCCUCUCCUCUCCAGCUGUUCGUACCUGCAGGCCAGACCAGUUCAAGUGUGAGGACGGCAAUUGUGUCCACGGCAGCAGACAGUGCAACGGCUUCCGUGAUUGUGCAGAUGGCACCGAUGAAGUCAACUGUAAAAACUGUGAGUGUUCAACCAGAAGUAAUGUCAUUCCAAAUGAAUGUACUUAAAAAAUAAAUAAUUGUUGCUACACUACAGAACAUUUCCUAAACAAGGUAAUUUUUGCUUCAGUGUUCAGUUAUUCCUGUAUGAAUUGGAUUAAAAGAUGCUCAAUAAAUACUAUAAUUUUAUAUUCAGACUACAGUAAUGUGGUUAUCGAAGUAUUGACUUUAAACCCUCAAAUUAAUUGCUUUGGUUGCACCUGCAAUUAAGCACACCUCCAUGUUCCUAUGGGGGACAUGCACAACAUUUGCAGAUGGUUGAGUCUCAAACUCCUACACCCACUUCCAUUAUACCACCUGUACCUCUUUGUGUAACAUUCCAGUAUCACCAGUUUGUAAUGUCACUUUCUCUUUCACGACCCAGUGACGCAGUGCAACGGCCCUGACAGGUUCAAGUGUCGGAGUGGAGAGUGUAUAGAGAUGAGUAAAGUGUGCAACAAGGCCCGGGACUGUCCUGACUGGAGUGACGAGCCCAUCAAAGAGUGCAGUAAGUGGAUGAGAGGAACCAAACAUGUUUUAUUAAGCAGUAGAAGUGAUGAGCGGUUGAGUUCAGUUAGUAUGUUGUCUUGUGAUUUUGUUUAUUCACGAUGAAGAACCAUGAGUGCAUUCACUAAAGUGGGUUAGCUUGCCUUGCAAGUUGCAAUAAUGCGCUGGUUGUAGGCUGCUGAACAUUAUGGGAUUGAUACAAGUAUUUUGGCUAUUGGUGUGUAAAAUACUAUACAUCUUUGACCUGUCCCAUGGAGGCUACCUCAUAUUAUCCUUGUCCAACUCAUCCUACACUACAGCAAUCCCAUUAGUUCACUAUCAUUCAGCCAGCCAAAGCCAGUCCACUGAUGUCAUUGAUUUCAGGCAGGCCUUUGUUUGUGAACGAAGGGCAUUAGUAACCACCGUUCUUCUGUUCACGUUUCAGACCUGAAUGAGUGUCUGCUGAACAAUGGAGGCUGCUCCCACAUCUGCAGGGACAUGGUGAUUGGCUACGAGUGUGACUGCACCCCUGGACUGCAGCUCAUAGACCGCAAGACCUGUGGGGGUAGGUGCCAUAUCCAAUGAUUAACCCAUACACUAUUUGAUAUUAACUCUCAUACGAAAGAAAGGCAUUUUCAGUUGAUAUUUGUAAUGGGGUAUUGAGACUUACUACAUUUUAAGAUCCACCCUGAUCUCUUUUACAUUUGACUUACUAUUCACAACUAAAUUAAUUGACCUCCUACUCUGUGGGUGACUCUUCCUGUUUUUCCCUUCCUUCAGACAUCAAUGAGUGUAUGAAUCCUGGGAUCUGUAGUCAGAUCUGUAUCAACCUGAAGGGAGGGUAUAAGUGUGAGUGCCACAACAGUUACCAGAUGGACCCCACCACAGGAGUUUGCAAGGCUGUGGGUAAGUUGGCUCACCCUGUCAAGUAUACGCCAUACUGUACCACCAGGAGCACACGGUAGAGGGAUGCGUAAGCAGAUGUUGGCGCGCUAGAGGGAAGCAGCAUCACUAAUGGGUGCAGUUUUGUAUCCGAUCCAACGGACUCUGUACUCUUCCAUGUCGCUCUGUCCUGAUCAAUGCAUUUUAAUUCUCAAGCUGCUUCAAAUAUAUAUUUUACAAAACACCUAUAAUGGAAUCCAAGUUCAAAUAGAAUAGCAAUGAUAUCGUUUACAACAACCUUGAUCUGAGAAGUCCAGCUGGGAUGUUUUGGUGCUGUCUCUGACUCAGUGACUCAUGAUUAGUGUUGUUCUAACACGAGGACAGACUUAAAAGGCUCCAUUGUAUUGUCAUUAUGAAUGAGUGUCUGUGGCUCCCUCUCCCCCUCAAGGCACGGAGCCCUGUCUGAUCUUCACUAACCGGAGGGACAUCCGGAAGCUGGGUCUGGAGAGGAGGGAGUACACACAGAUCGUGGAGCAGCUGCGGAACACAGUGGCACUAGAUGCAGACUUCACCCAGCAGAGGCUCUUCUGGGCUGACCUGAGCCAGAGGGCCAUCUUCAGGUAGCUACAGGUCUCAUCUUCCGGUCAAAACAUGUCCCAUCACACCCACAAGUCUAAGCCCAUAGAUGGUCUAUUAUCAUGAGGGAGUCUGUGUUCACCUCAACCUUGACCUGUUAUCACUGGUUUCUGACAGACGUAUGAAAGCAUUUGUACAUGGUAAUCAGGGCCAAAGUUCACUGAGCAUAUGUUUGCUAUACUUCCCAGCAAUAAACCAUUCAACCCUACAACCUACGUUUUUGGGUCAAUAUGAGUCAACUCAAACCGAAUACCAAAAUGUUUCUCACCCCCAUAUCUUUCCAGCACGGUGUUGGAUAAGCGAGGAGACGUAGGAAGUCAUGUGAAGGUGAUAGACAACGUCCAGACACCAGUGGGGAUCGCAGUAGACUGGAUCUAUAAGAACAUCUACUGGUCCGACCUCGGCACAAAGACCAUAGCAGUGGCCAACUUCAGCGGCACCAAGCGAAAAGUUCUCUUCGACAGUGGUUUGAAAGAGCCUGCGUCCAUCGCUGUGGAUCCACUCUCUGGGUAAAGUUUUCUGGGGUCCACAUUUCUCUUGAACAGUUUCUGAAUGCUUCCACCUUUUUGAACCCUCAUAAUGAUUGGAUCUCCUCUCUGCUGGUGUUCUAGAUUCCUGUACUGGUCAGAUUGGGGUGAACCAGCAAAGAUUGAAAAGUCUGGCAUGAAUGGGGUUGACAGGCAGGUCCUGGUCGAGACUGAUAUUCAGUGGCCCAAUGGAAUCACCCUGGGUGGGUAAAGCUGGUUUGAUUGUCCUGUCACUGCAUUAUACCUAAUGUGCAUUUACCCUUUGAACAGGUUCAAUUGCUUUCACGGCUACAGGGUGUGAUAAACAUGUAUAUUAAUUUCCUUCUCUUAGACCUGAUCAAGAGCAGACUGUACUGGGUGGACUCAAAGUUGCACAUGCUCUCUAGCGUCGACCUGAAUGGCGACAACCGGAGGAAAGUGCUGCAGUCCCCAGACUACCUUGCUCACCCCUUCGCUGUCACUGUGUUCGAGGUACGGCUAUGGAACUUGAUGAGGUGCUGGGCGGUAGGGGUGGUGAAGUGUGUGUCUAUAUAUAUAUAUAAAGUGUGUGAAAGUUGCUUUGUGUAACUCCAGCCUAAUAUACUGGCAGGUAAAUUGAUGGUUGAUUUGUAGUUUGUUUUGCGUCUACAAUUUGAUUGUUUCUCAUGUUGUUAAUGCUACCUAGCAAACGCAUGCUUUUAUAGACAUUCAUAAUUGGUAAUUUGCUAUGUCUCUGUUCAGUUGGUUUCACAAAAACUGGUUUCUGCAUACUGUAAAGCCCAUGAUUUGCUCCAAAUGUGUGGGGAUCAACGGCAUUGACCCCUGGUGGCGUGUGACAGUAAUUCUGUCAAACUAUUAGAAUAAAUAGCUGUUCAGUUUCAAAGUCUUUCCUUCUCUGAAGCAUUAGUCCCAAGCCAUUUCUACUGGCAUCUGCUCUGGGGUUUAGUGUGUGACUGUGAUUUGUUUCAGGAUCGAGUGUUUUGGACAGAUGGGGAGAACGAGGCGAUCUACGGAGCAAACAAGUUCACAGGCUCUGACGUGAUUACCCUGGCAAGCAAUCUAAACGAGCCACAGGACAUCAUUGUUUACCACGAGCUAAUCCAGCUGUCUGGUAAGGCUGCCAGAUGUUAGCCUGAUCACUGGGGUUUGGGAGAGACAGGGCUAUAUUAGUUAGCCUAGACCACAGUGGCUUGGGAGAGAGGGCUGUGUUUGCUGCCUCUGUGAAAUUCACAGCUCCACACUCCUAAGUAACCCUCAUAAGUCAACUCCACUGACCCCUGUAACCCUCAGUGCAUGGAAGGAUCCUUGUUUUUGACAUUUCCCUAUCUAACUGGCUAGCCUCUAAAUGCCAGAGCACUGUUUAAAAAACAGACUAGGACAUUUUAGGAGAUCAAAAUGCUGUCAUGUAGGAGUGACUAAGUUGAUCUGCCUUUUUAGAGGCAAAGUAUCAUAGGUCUUUACGUAAUGUAUCCUAGAAGUACGGGGCACAGGCAGUGGCUAACUGGUUCCCUCCAUUUUGAUUCCACACAGGGACAAACUGGUGCAAUGAGAAGGGUCAGAACGGCGGCUGUGCUUACAUGUGCCUGCCAGCUCCACAGAUCAACAAAUACUCCCCCAAAUACACGUGCGUGUGUCCGCAAGACCAGGCGCUCGCUUCAAAUGGCCUUUACUGUAGACCAGGCAAGUACUGUAACGUUAACAACAUCCGAUCGGGCAGUGAGGUGUUAAACUGUCUGAUGCUGUGGGCGUUUUUUUUUCUCCUAAGAGCCCUCUCUCUUUAGAGGCCUUUAAUUCCCGUUCUGUCACCCAAGCAUUUCUUUCCCCUCCCUUUGUGUGUGUUGACGUUCAGAUGUGUUGCUUGUGAAGCCUGACAGCUGUAGCCAGGUUGUCUGUCCCUCUGUUUGCCUGCUUUCUGCUCCUUCCCCCUGCCCUGCUGAAGCCUCUGUUUGCCUGCUUUCUGCUCCGUCCCCCUGCCCUGCUGAAGCCUCUGUGUUCCGCUUUAGUCUCCAAUGUGCUUUUCUUCCCCCCUCAGAGCCACUGAUGUUUGGGAAUAUAGUUGAGAUGGCACCGGGCUUUUAAACUCCCUUUGAAUGAAUGAACCACCCAGGGUGCGGAGGGGACUGGGGGUUAUUGUAGGGGCCAAUAAGAGGGACCCCUGUCACUUGAUGAAUGCUUUAUAUACAGGUUUUUAGGUUUCAUCCAGAAAGCAACAUGUUUUAUAACCAAAUAGAAGCUAACUGAAUGAAUUUGUCUUGCCUGGUAAUUGAUGGAAUGCUAGGCUAUAGACAGUGUGCUUGAUGCUUUUCAUUUGAGUGAGAUAAAGGGGCCAAAUUUGCUUAGUGAGGGUACUAGCGGGGCAUGGCUCUCAGGCUGUGCACCCCACUGACAUUAAGCAAGAUCUAUCGUCUAAAAUACCGUUAUACUUGUCAUGCAGAGUGUAGUCUGCUUUUAUUACUCAAAGAUCUGUAUUAAAUUAUCCAUGAAUCAGAUACUUUUUUUUGUGGGGUGAUUUAGGCCCAGUUAUGAGUAAAAUAUGGUGAUUUAAUAUUUUGUCUGAUCUCAUAUAAUCAUGGUCUCUCCUGCGUCACAUGAUUCCUGCUUCAUUUUGUUCAUGCCAUUCAUACUCAUACAUGAGCCGCCUUCAGUUUUGGCACUACUAUAGAGCACUAUAGGCCCUAACAUUUCCAGCUUUUUUCCCCAAUUAUUUUGGCCAUUGAAUCUCUGAACAAGGCUCUUUUGGUUAGUUAUUCAGUAGUAUAGAAAAUAGGUGUUAUUUCCCACUAGUAAUUUUGGAUCACUUCUGCACAUUUUUUCAAACACUUCUUUGCGUCUGUGCUUCGCUUUUCCUGUUUUUCCGCUAGGAAUUAAUUUGUGACAUCAUGUAACAUGAAAAAGUUCCAUAUGUUGCAUGGUAACAAGCAUUUCUGUAGUCAGAAUGUGAAGCUAUGAUUUUAAGUUUUGCCAAAGCAUUACAAUACUCUGUUCUCUUAUUAUGACAGUGACACCUUCAGCUCCCUCAAAGGAUGAUGGGAAAACUCUAAUACGUCCCACUGACCCCCAAGGUAAAGAUGUCAACCGCCCGCCUGCCUGCCUUGUGUGGCUGGGGCUGCAUGCGUGUCCUGGCUACAACCAUAGCCAUGAAUCAGGACCCCAGUAAUCUAGUUUCAUGGCCUUUGGGUUCUUAAUUAACAGAUGUCAAUUAUUUAAUUUCACUCUAGAAUGACUCUGGUCUGGCUCCCCUGUGCUACCCAUCGUCAUGGUGAUUAGCCUAUAAGCUUGCAGCCUGCUACUAGGGGGGUUGUGAGGUGGUGUGGUGAUGGGAAGUUGGUCAGUCAUGUAAAGAUGCCUGGAGUGUUUGACAGUACAGGAAUGUCUAAGUAGAUUUUGGAAGUAGCUAUUAUUGCCAUCCACCCAGGAAUGUUUAACGGCAGAUUUUUAAGUGACUUCUACAAUUAGCCAGUGGAUGCAUGCAUAAUGAAUGACCAUAAUUAAAGUAACAAAUAUUGCAUUUUAUCUGUAGUGGAUUUAUUUGAUUAGCCUGCUUUUUAAGUAAUUUGUUUAGGCAUUUUUUGUAAUUAUUAUUUGCAAGAUGCCUUUGUUGCGCUGAUCCCAGUGUUUUUUUUGUUCAAAGUGACCACGGUGCCAAAAGUUGUCCCCCAACCUGUCCCUGCUGGUAAGCCCCAGUUCUCCUUCCCUGAUUGAGCCCUUGGUGAAAAGAAGUGGUAGAUUUCCUUAGACUGUGAUUGUGCCAAAACACUGGUCUGUCAGCCUGGCCUUGCCAGCUCCUGGUGGCCAUAUAAUGUUCCAGAGCCCAGCUGACCCCCAGGGGGUUGCCAGAGGGCACAGAGCCACCCCAUUGGCAGACAGACAGGGAAGGAAAAAAAAGCUAAUGUCCUCUUUGUUCCCCCCCUUCCAUUCACCCACUUGUUUGCAAGUCAUGUACCUACCAACUCUCAUAUCACCCAUCAUGUGCCAUUUCCUAUAAGUAUUAUUUACACAUGACCAGUUGAGUUUAUUGUACUUUAGUUAUUUGUACCAAGGUUAUUCUUGGUACAAAAUGUGACUACUGGUUACAACUGAUCUUACCCUAAAUACAAAGACUAACAGAGAGAAAGACAUGAACCAGUAUAUUACAUUUCUGUGAUUACAUGGUCCCUCAAAGGACUGACUCUCUCAUUCAGAUGAACAUUUUCUAUUGUAGAAGCCAACGUCAGUACAUCCAUCCAUGAGGCGAACUCUACAGCUAGAGGAUCUGCAGCUGCCUGGGCUAUCCUCCCUGUGUGUAAGUACCACUGUUACUGCCGUCCCCCUCUCUCCUGCAGCUGUCUAUGACGCAUACUUUAAAGGACACUCAACUGUAUGAUAAGUGGGUGGAUGAGCAAUACUUCAGUGGUUUUCCUAGCUGUAGUAGUUAUUGAUUGAAUGUUGUGAUUUAUUCAAGUAACCCUUGAAUUGUACCGAUGCUAUGAAACCUUAGCUCUUGCUAGCUGGAUAUGAACCAUUUAAAACUACUCCAGUAUUGCUUAUGCUGAUCCCACUUCUGUCUUCUGUCCCCAGUGUUCCUGGCCAUGGCUGCUGCAGGAGGUUACUUGAUGUGGCGUAACUGGCAGCUGAAGAAUAAAAAGAGCAUGAACUUCGACAAUCCAGUGUACCUGAAAACCACGGAAGAAGACCUCAACAUUGAUAUCAGCAGGCACACCUCCAAUAUAGGCCACACAUACCCAGCAGUAAGUAGCCUCCUUAAUCCGUCGAGUGGUCACUUCUGUAAAUAACUACUUGCUUGUGUGAACUUAUGAUAGUUGUGCACUCCCAAUCCCUUUUGCAUUGUGACUCUUCACCUUACAUUUACUUGCAUACCGUCCACUAAACAGCUUAUUUUAAGCGGGGGAAAUCCCAUUCAUGAUUGUUACUGGGAGCCAGACCACUCUAGCCCUUAAUCGGUAAAUCGUUUAGAUUCUCUGCCUGUAAAUGACCACUUUCCAUUGUGCGUUUGUCUUCCUUCCAGAUAUCAGCGGUGAAUACAGAAGAUGACUUGUCAUAACCAACCUGCCAAGUGACCCCCAUCGGUUUAUUCAACCUUUGGUCUCCAUGCCAACGACCUCUGCUUCUUUAGCAGAGCUACAGAGCUACAACCAGAUGCCUUCUGAAGUGCAUAAGUUGUGUUUUCUGGGGGAUUUUGUCAUUAGAUGUGUGAUUAUGAUGUAUGAAUUGCGUCCUACUCACACCAAGUGUGUCCAAAGUGGCAAUGGGUUUUGGGGCUUGGCCUCUAUAUCCCCACUCCUUCCCCCUCAGCCCUAAAACAUUUCAAAGAUUCUACUACGUACAACCUUGCGUUUAGUUCAGGACACUGGUCCUCCUGUGUGUGAAGUGAGGCAAUGCAGGAGCGACACUGGUUCUGACCUUCAGUCCCCCACUUGACAUGUUUCUCUGAAUAUUUAUGAAAAGCAUAUUUUAGGCAGUACUGUCUUAAAAGAUGCAAGUUUCUUAUGAACAUUACCUCCAGAAGCACAUUCUUAUAAAGCUUUUUUUGUGCGAUUCUGUGCUGGGAAGAUGAGUUCUAUAAGGAAUGUGAUGUUACUACAGCAUUUGUAAAACAUUGUACAUAAACCCUCUUCCCCUAAGAACAGAAUCAAGACUGAAGCACUUUGAUCAAAUGGUCUGCUGUAAAUAAGAUUGUAUACAUUUGACUGAAUCAAUUUUUGCUAUGGUUGGGCAUAGUACCAGGGUAGGGCAAGAUGUAUUUAAAACUGAAUUUGUUAAACUAUUUUGUAUGUUUGUGUGCCGUUGCUGUGACCUUUUCUAGCCUUGUACAGUGCAGGGGACUAAAUGCUCUGUAUCGUGAAUAAAAUAAUUUGCAAACACUUCAGAUAAAACCCUUUCAUUUGAUUGGAAGACCCACAAGUCAUUCAAAACCCACUGCUUGACUUUCCCUGUACCACCACCAUGUCUCAUUCUGGUACAUUCUGAUUCUUUACCUUUCUCCCAAAGUGUACAGUCGUCGUCAAAAGUUUUGUCUUCACAAAGUUCACUGCUUCAGUGUUGAGAUA